AUGCCCCGCUCUUUCUCCAUCCCGAGCGGCGAUAAUAAAUUCAUUGAAGUCAAGAUCGCAGAACCUGCUCUCCGCGCUCAGGGCUUGAGUCUACAAACAUGGACGUCCUCUUUCGUUCUGGCCAGCUUGCUACAUAAGCUCAAUGUCGAGAUUUCUCUCACGAAGGCUAUCCCGGUCUUGGAGCUCGGAGCCGGCACAGGCUUAGUCGGGCUGAUGGCCGCAGCUCUCUGGAGGGUCCCCGUCAUACUCACCGAUCUGCAAGGGAUUGUCCCUGGCCUGGCAGGAAAUAUCACACUCAAUGCCGCAAUUGUCAAUGCGACUUUGGUCCAAUGCGGCACGUUGGACUGGGGUGAUCCAGAAUCACUGACCUUGCAAACCGGGACAUCUUAUUUGGCCGAUCAAGACAAAGCCAGCGUAAUUGUCGCCGCGGAUACUGUGUAUUCGGAGGAACAUCCCGAAUUGCUCUCAAAGACCAUUCUCAGUUGGUUAGCACAGGGGCCGGAAUCGCGCGUGAUUGUCACUUAUCCCAUGCGAGUGGCAUAUUUGGACCAGAUUCGAGAGUUGUGGAGUCUCUUGGAAGCUGGAGGAAUGGAAGCCAUCGAUGAAGGGCGUGAGCGAGCGAACAUUGACGACUGGGAUGAUGAAUGCUUGUGCGAAUGGAGUGUUUGGAGAUGGAGACAACAAUCUUAA